AUGACCUGGAAAGUUGCUUGGCUAAUUUAUGCAGAACCAUACGCGCUUGAAUCCACUUUUUCAUUUGUUUUCGUUGUUUAUGUUUUUUCUUAUUCUGACGCAAUUGUGCAAAAUAUUGCAGCCGAUAUCAAACCAUUUUUUGGGCCCAGCUUUGAAGCUACAGCCGAGCUAAUGUCAAACAAAAGAGCACGAUUGGUUUCAAGUUUUGAAACAAGUUUAUGUUUGGAAAAGGUUUGGUUUUGGAUGCAGGGCAAGACUUGGGGUGGAAAGCAAGAACAAUUCAAGACGGAUUUAUGGAGUAUUCAAGACGCAAAAGUGAAUGAAGGCAUAGAAAAUUUGAGGGAAUAG